AGAAACAGAGAAACUCAUGAUGAGACACAACAAUAAUACAAAGACAUGGAGAUGUGCGUCAAGUUGUCUCACCCAUCGUCAUGUCUUCUCUUUCUCUUCCUUCUCUUCUCCGAUCAUCAUUCCGCCGCCGGAACUUACAUCCCCGGCAUGUCAAAUGCAGCUGCACGCAUGUUCAACAGAGCGAGGAAAGCAAAACAAGCGAGAGAAUUUCUAAACGCUCACAACACAGCACGCGAGUCUUCAGGCGUACCACCUCUUGGAUGGCACAAAGGCCUGGCCCGGUUCGCUGAUAAAUGGGCCAAACAACGUAAGCCAGAUUGCAGUAUGCAACAUUCCGGUGGGCCUUACGGCGAGAAUAUUUUCUGGUACCGGGAGAGGAAGACGUGGUGGCCAGAGAGAGUGGUGAUGAAAUGGUAUGAAGAGAGGUUUAGCUACGACUCGAAAACAAACUCGUGCGCGUCGGGAGAGAUGUGCGGUCAUUACACGCAGAUCGUGUGGCGAGACACUACAGCUGUUGGAUGCGCACGUGUGAAAUGUGAUGAAGGUCGUGGGUUUCUUGUGGUGUGCGAGUACAAUCCACGCGGGAAUUACGAAGGUGAAAGCCCUUUCGAUCAAACACAGUAAACGAGAGAUGUUAUAGAGAUUGAA